CACACUCUCUCUCUCUAUACAUAUAUAUAUAUUAUGUCUAUACUUUUCUCUCUCUACAUCUCUCUGCCUAAGCAGCGACUAGCGAGAGAGGGAGUCUUUCCAUUUUUCCUCUCCGUGCCUCGCCGUAAAUCAACCUCAGCAACCCAUGAAACUUCAGCUCUCUUAAAGAUGGAUCGAGUUGAACUAAAUCAUAAUGGUGACUGCAUUGAGAACACCUCUGUGGAGUGGUUAGUCUUUUCAGAUUCCUCUGAAGCAUGUAAUGUCCUUGGAGAUAUAGAGGUGCGUCCUCGAGUUGGUGAUAGCUACCAGGCUGAAAUUCCACCAUUAAUCACAGAAUCUGACUAUCUUUUGUAUAAAAAGAAUCCAUUUGAACAAGGGUUCAUGCUUGCCACACCAUGUGAUUUUUUAAUGGGAUCAUCCAUUCCAAUCAUGAGGAUCAAUAAGGAAGAUGUGUACAUGAAACAUGAAAUGCAGGAAUCUCUUGGUGAUUCAAAUAGCUCAUCCAAUAAAAAUGGGCUCCAAGAAUCUGAAAGCUGCAAAGAGGCCCGGAUUCAUUUAAAAGGUGAAGCUUCAAAAAUAAAAGUUGAUUCUAUUGAUGUUGUGUGGGAAAGUGGAAUUGAACCGGGAAGGUCGAGUAAAUUGGCUUCGGAACAAGAAAGGAAAUGCAAAGUGCACCAGGUGUACAGAGGUCAAGGGUACUCUUUGGUUCCUGGCUCCUUUCGUAGUUCAUGGAGUAAUGUCGAACAAGCGAGUUUUGUCCUUGGUUUGUACAUCUUUGGGAAGAAUCUAGUUCAGGUGAAGAGAUUUAUGGAUGGUAAGACAAUGGGGGAUAUAUUGUCGUUUUAUUAUGGGAAGUUUUUUAAAUCUGAUGAAUACCGGAGAUGGUCUGAUUGCCGGAAGAUGAGAAGCAGAAGGUGUGUUUAUGGGCAAAGGAUUUUCACUGGAUUGAGGCAACAUGAAUUGUUGUCUCGUUUGUUUCUCCAUGUGUCAGAAGAAUGCCAAAAUACUUUGUCAGAGGUUUCAAAGACUUUUGUGGAGGGCAAAAUGUCACUGGAAGAAUAUGUGUUCACUCUAAAAGCCAUUGUUGGGAUGAACAAUCUUGUGGAGGCAGUUGGAAUUGGGAAAGGGAAAAAGGACCUCACAGGCAUUGCCGUAGAGCCUUUAAAAUCCAACCAUGCCGUUCCUAUGCGCCCAGAGAUGCCAAUUGGCAAGGCAUGCUCCUCUCUUUCACCCGAGGAAAUUAUUAAGUUUUUGACGGGAGAUUUUAGAUUAAGCAAGGCACGAUCUAGUGAUCUAUUUUGGGAAGCUGUUUGGCCCCGCUUGCUUGCAAGAGGUUGGCACUCGGAGCAGCCCAGGGGUGAAGGUUGUGGUUCGAAGCAUUCUUUGGUCUUUCUUUUGCCCGGUGUCAGAAAGUUCUCCAGGAAACUGGUGAAGGGAAACCACUAUUUUGAUUCUGUUAGCGAUGUUUUAACUAAAGUUGCUUCAGAGCCUGGUCUCCUUGAGCUUGAUGCCGAAGCAGAUGAAAGCAACAGAAAGGAGGAGGAGAAUGUGUGGAGUCUCGAAGCAAAACCAGUGAAGGAUGAUUUGUCUGAGCGCCGACGUCCCUGCUAUCUUCAGCCUCGAACUCCAAAUCGCAGUUCAGAUCUCAUGAAAUUUACUGUUGUAGACACAAGCUUGGGUGACAGAAAAACAUGUAAGGUGAGAGAACUGAGAAGCUUGCCGCUAGAGGUUUCAAAAAAGACCACCUUUGAAAGUCAUUCUGAAGAAAGUGACCGGGAUUGUUCUGAGGUGUCGUCUAAAGAUUCGGAUUCGGGCUCUGCUGAUCCCAUACUAUUUGAUCAAGAUUACGUUAAUGAUUCAAAUUCAAAAAAGACGCAAUCUGUUACUGGCGUAUUGCCCGACGAUAAGGAUCUCAAAAUUGGCUCUCCAGGCUGCGGCAUUGUGGAUCCUGGAAAUGGAACUGUCGAGAAUUCCAUGGACAUUAGCAAUGCCUGUGAUGGCAAGCAGGUGUGCAGCCAGAGGAGGGUGGAAGAAGACAAUUUGGAUAAUUUAGCCCCGGUAAGAAAAAAGCAGCGCAAAUUAUCAUCCUGCACUCGUGCUGCUGAUAUAACUCAUGCUCUGCACGGUUCCUCAGCGAGCCCCGGUAUGGAACAUGAGGAGCAAAGCUGCUGCUCAGAAACUACUGAUUCCAGCAAUCGACUCUAUGCGACAAGUUUACCCCGGAAAAGGGUCUCAACCACCGGCUCGCUGAAAGGGAGACCUGUCAAGAGCAGUCGUGGUAUGUUGUCAAAUACCAGCUUUAAUGGAGAAGUUCCAUCCAACAACCCUCAGCAGCAGACCUUGAUUGACCUGAACUUGCCUCGAGUAUCACCAGGCUCUGAAGCUGUUUUCGCCUCCACGAUGUGUUUGAGGGACGGGGAAGAUGAUCAAACCGGGAAGAAGCCUGAAAAUUGUACUGAACCAAAACCCUGCGCAGAUGUGGAUUGUUGUGAGCAGGAGCAGCUUAACAACAAUUCCCGGAGGCAGGGCACAAGAAACCGGCCGCCAACAGCAAGAGCAUUGGAAGCUCUUGCAAGCGGGUUUCUGACUAUCAACCGGAGGAGGGAGAAGAACAAACAAGUCUGUACCCGGAAGAGCUCACUGUCUAGAGCCUCCCAGCGCGCUGCCGGUGGAAUGUCGGACACUGUCACCGAGAGUUCAGGUCCUGGCAUCACGUCUUCCAAGAUGGAAGACGCCAGAAAUGGCGGGUGCAGCGACGGCAACAGCAACAACAUGUUCGGCAAGUUUCAGGUCCUAUCCGAGGGAAAUGCAGCAGCUCAAGUUUCCGGACCUUAGAUCAGAACCAUCUGUAAUAGUAGUAGCUACUCUCCUUGGUGUAGCCCAUCGUCAGAAAGGUGCUGACAGUCUUAUCGAUCAAUCGACGGGAGGAAGAUUCUACCCUUUUUUCAGGUGUGAGAACUGAUUGCACUAAUUAAUCAGUUAAUGGCUACUUCUGGUAGAGUGAGUGAGUUCAGUUCCAGUGCCAGUGUUUAUCUCUUUCUAAUAAGUUGUGACAUUGACAUUGACAGUGCUGUGCAUCCAUGGAGAAAAUAAUUGCCAGUGAUAAUCAAUUUUCUGUGUUUUUUUUUUUUUCCCCCUUUUUUAUGCAACAGAUAGAAAGAAAGGAGAAUGUUAUUUUGAUAAAUUCUUGUUAGAAUAA